AUGUCGUCAAUGCCAACGAUGGAGGAUUGCGUGGGGGAGACCCCCCUGGUCCGACUGCAGCGCAUGCUUCCUGCAGACAGUGGCUCUGUGGUGCUGUGCAAGCUUGAGGGCGACAAUCCGGCUGGCAGUGUCAAGGACCGGGCUGCGCUAUCCAUGAUCAGGCGUGCUGAGGCCGGGGGCCGGAUUAAACCCGGGGACACGCUGAUCGAGGCCACAUCUGGCAACACCGGCAUUGCCCUGGCAGCCAUCAGUGCGAUCAAAGGCUACAAGCUCAAGCUGAUCAUGCCAGAGAACAUGAGCCUGGAGAGGCGUACGAGCAUGGCUGUUUAUGGCGCGGAGCUGACCCUGGUAUCCACCGGUGCCAUGGAGGAGGCACCUCUGCAAGCAAUUCUGUGA